GCGUGUGUGGAACGUGGGGGUUUGAUACAUUGUAGCGCCCGCCCUGCGGGCUGCGGCGGCGCCAGGGGAAGCACCAGCAUGAAAGAUGUAGACAAAAUUGAAACUUUAAAAGAAGAAUGGGUGUGUAAACAAGGAACCGAUGACCAAAUUCCUAGUGGUACAGAGCAAAGCUGUGAAUUUUUUGUUGAUAACCUUUUUGAAGAAGCUCAGAAGGUUGGUGCUAUAUGCAUGCCACCAACUAAAGUUAAGAAUGAAGCUGAUAUAAUUAUUAAACUAUGGAAAAAUGGAUUUACAGUAAAUGACGGUGAACUCAGAAGCUACAAAGAUGUUGCAAACCAGCAGUUCUUGGAUUCAAUUAAAAAAGGGGAGUUGCCAUUUGAGUUACAAAAGACUUUUGAUGAUGAGGUGGAUGUGAAGGUGGAAGAUAAGAAAGACGAGGUAUAUGUAUUAAAGAAGCCAAUAUUUCACCCCUUUUCUGGACAAGGUUACCGGUUAGGCAGUGCGACUCCAAGAAUAAUUUCUAAAGUGAAAAAGGACCUUGAAGCUGAGAACAAAAGGCCUCUUCCUUCAAUAACGCUAAACAAUUUGGAACCAGUCACUAAUAUCCAGAUUUGGUUAGCAGAUGGGGAAAGGAUAGUACAAAAGUUUAAUGUUUCUCAUAGAAUAAGCCAUGUCAGAGACUUCAUAACAAAAUAUGAAGGAUCGCAGGGAAGUGUUCCUUUCUGCCUGACCACAUCUCUUCCUUUCCUAGAGCUGCUGGAUGAGACUCUCACUCUGGAGGAAGCUAAUCUGCAAAAUGCUGUUAUAGUUCAGAGACUUCAGAAAACAACUGAGCCUUUCAGAAGUUUUUCAUAGUCUUUGGUUUUAGAAGUACCUUGAUUAUGACAGUAGAACUGCUGCUGCAAGUAAUGGCCAAAAAAAAAAAAAGACUUACCCGAACAAAUUAGCAUUCAACUCACCAAAAGUCUACAUAUAAGUUGAACUAAACUAGACAAAACCAAAAAAACCCUGAACAGCAAUAUCUGGAUGCACUGUAUCAUCUCCACAAAGCUGCACUCUUCUUAAAGAGCAAAAUGUGUGUUUUGUGCUGUAGUUUGAGGUAUUUUCUAAGCAUUUCAGUAUUUGGAGAUUGGCAGUAAUGAAGCAGAGGUAACCUAGUAAGACAGGGACCAUCAUCUAAGUUCCUCCUAGCUAGAAAGCAUUGAUGGCCUUUUAAAGGCAUGUUUGGGUUAAAAUCAUGAUUCUAAAAGACUUGUAUUACUAACAGCAAUUUCAGUGGAAAAUUAAGUCAAAUUUAAUAAUUUUAUUUUUUCACUUCAGUUUGGACAGUGAAACUAAACCACUUGGUUUCACUCAUGUUUCUAUAAGUCAAUUUCAGGUUGUGAGUCUCUUACCCUAAUGUUUAGAUUACAGAUGCUUCAAUGGCAGACUUACAUGUAAACACUUUUCACUAUUUCCAUAGAAACUCUUUAAAAUAAAGAAAUCAUGAAAAGCUA